CUAUUCAUAAAUUUGCGCUGCUAGGCAGCAUUGCGUAAACCAGGGCGACAGCGGCAUUGGCUUUGCGCUGCUUGCACCAUUGAGCAUUCGAAAGCCAUUGGCUGAACUAUCAGAGCCGACAUCUGUCAACUCGGGAGCAGGCUCGUCAAUGCUGUAGAGCCUAACGCCGUCUCUUCGGUUUUGCACAGUCCUGACAUCACAACUACGGCCACUAUAGCCGGAGAGCAAGCAGACAACUAGACAGCAGCAGCAUGACCGAUCGAGGGCCGCCCAGAGCUAGUCCACUGGCCGGCUUAGGCGAAUCAGAAGCGGCGGACGAGCUCAGCGGUCGCAUAUCGCCACCGCGACAGCUUGACGGCGUGCCUUCUAUCCGCGUCGAGCCAACGCUCUUUCGCGAAGCAGACAUAGCGCUUGAGACACUCAAUGCCCCUCAACUCCCAGCUUUGGCUGAGGCCGACGUCAGGCUAGGCAGUGGCGCUGCGUUCGGGCGGAGUAGGUCAAUUGCGCGUUUAGAUCAACUCGCGCCAGAUCACUUGCCUGCGGGAGGCUCGGAGGAUCCUCCGGGAGAUGACUCCCCGCAGUCUGUAGAAGAAGAAAGCCAGAAUCCGCCAGUGCGGAUGCCGACCGCGCAAGACUUUGCGACGCGGACUCAUCGUUCAAGCUCAGCUAGCGCGAUGGGCUCGGCAUCUGCGCCCGCAGCCGGACAGCUGCAGCUGCCACAACCGGCGGUCGUUCAAGCCAAGCGACGCGUACAGUGGGUAGGUAUUAUGGAUGGACUAAAUCAUGACCAUCAUGAAAGGCGGCCAAACGAACCCUCGGGACACCAUCCUCUCAGCAGAGAGAAUUCGCUUUCGAGCUCGGCGGGUGCAAAGUCAGAUGCCCCAAGCGGGUCCAAUAGUGUCGACGGAGGUCAUGUGGCGCUGACAAUGCCGACUCCGUCUCCGAUGGGCGAGCAGCCUAGAGGCGACAAGCCUGGCUUUUUCGAUGCGUGGGCGGAUCGCACUCACAACGAAAGCUCUGGGUUGAGAUCCGGUCAGACGACGCCAGGCACACCGCCGAGUGGGAUGACGACACCAGCUACCUCCCGUCCUGGCACGCCAGACUCUGACAUUGACAUAAUUGAUGGCGAGCGCGAUGGGUUACCAACGAAUCAGUCGCAAUCUCGGCAGAACAAGAUGUUCACUCGUCAGGCUGCUAAGCUAGUGGCUGUACACAAAGCCAAGGGGCGGUUUACAGCGCUCGCAGAACGCGCGCGAGCAAACAAUGCCGGCAAGGAGCACAAGGCCAAGACAAAGGAAGAACUUAUUCAGGAGUUAGCACCACCAGGUCCCGAUUUCGGCAUUCUCAGCAACAUCUUGAGACGGGCCAAAUCCAACGAGUCCGAAGGCGCUGACGCGAGCUCCCCAUCGGAACGAGACUCGGAGAAGACAAUCACCGAGCCCUUGCCGGCUGUUCCAAGAGCGCCUGCGCCGCAGCCGCCUGCGCAAAGUCACGAAGAUCGACGUCGGGAGCAGCGCGAGCAGCGGCAAGCUCGACCGGGAGGCACCGGAGUCCUGUCUUCGCUGCUACGCCUGUACGAGCUGCCUGCAUCGGCUGUCUCAUCAUCAGCUACGCUCGUUGCGGACAACUUUGCCGGCCGACGUGGCCGCGAUUCCCGGCGCAAUUCAGAUGACCCUGCGAUCAGUCGGACACAUUCAGAAAGUGAUGCUACACGACUGGGCGCCGAAGUUGGUCGUGCCUUCAGAUCGGUUGCCACAGGCACUCUGCAAGGUCUUGGCAAGGCAACGGCUGGCGGCGUCUCGGGCGUCGAGAAGGCAGCUAAUUCGAUCGGUAUUGAGGGAGAGGCGACGCGACCGGCGGCCGCUCGUUCGGGCGCAGGUGUCUUUGGCGCUUUGCAAGCUUCGGCUUUCAAUCUCUCUGGCGUUGCCACACCGACAGGCAGCUCCGUCGCUCCCAAUCCCAAUAAGAGCGGCUUCAGGAUAUCUCGCUACCACCGCGAUCAGGCGGUCGAGUCCAAUGACUCGCCUUUGGCGCAUACGCCUGGCAGCACUUCUCCUGUUGAGACGCCUUCGCGCAACCAGUCAGACAGCAACUUGGCGGGUAUGCACAAGACUCAGAGAGCCUUUUCACACGCCAGCCGCUCGGCGAGUCACCUCUCCCUCGGCAAUCUGGGAGAAUUCAUGGAUCCCAAGAAGUUUCACAACGAAAGCGCAGUUCUCAAGCAUCGUCGCACUGCAUCUGGUACUGCUUCGCCUGCCGAAUACGUAGAGAAAGAGCGAGCAAAGCACGGUUUACCAGCUACCCCGGGCCGUCACAAACGAGACAAGAGACGACAGGAAGAAAUCUUCAUCACAAUGCACGUCGCCGCCAUUUUGCAACGACAAGACUUCGUCCUCCGAUUGGCGCGCGCGCUCAUGAUGUUCGGCGGACCGUCACAUCGCAUCGAAUCACAGAUCCAAGCGACGGCAAAAGUGCUCGAUCUGCAAUGUCAAGUCAUCUACUUGCUCAACUUCAUGAUCAUCUCCUUCGCAGACGAAGACACGCACACGAACGAAAUCAAGUUUAUCAAGCAGAAUGCAGCACUCGAUCUUGGCAAGCUGACCGAGAUUGCUACGCUCCAUUAUGAGGUGAUGCACGAUCAGAUCGGCGUCGAGGAGGCUUCCGCCGAGAUGAGCAAGCUGAUGAAGAUGAAACCGACCUACACGAACUGGCAAUUCGUAUUGAUUGGCGGUUUGUGCUCCCUCUUCAUCGGUAUCGCCUCUUUCGACGCGAGCGUCGUCGACUUUCUUGCCAGCUUUAUCCUCGGCGGUCUCGUCGUCGCCGUUCAGUGCUUCGUUGCCACAAAGUCGGACAUCUUGUCGAACAUCUUCGAGAUUGCUAUGGCCGCUCUGUGCGCUUUCAUCGCUGCUGCUCUCGCGUCCACAAAGAUCUUCUGCUUCUCUGCCAUUAUCUCGAGCUCGAUCGUGCUUAUCCUCCCCGGCUGGCUCGUAUGCAACGCCGCACUCGAACUACAGGCACGAUCCAUUGUGUGCGGAUCUGUCCGUCUCGUGUUCUCUGUGAUCUACGCUCUCUUCUUGGGAUUCGGCAUUGGUAUUGGAGGUCAGUUCUGGCGGCUCGUAUCGGGCGAUUCGGUCGUCACGGGACCACAGACCAACUCUUGCUCGAUCGCCCACGGCCUGCAAGGCGACGAGACGAGCGUGCCGAUCUGGCGUUCUCACAUUUCGCUAUGGUUCGCCUUCCUUGCGGUGCCCGGCUACGCGUUCUGUCUAGCUCUUAGAAAUUCGGCGAGACUUAGAAGCAAGGAAUUGCCGGUCAUGGUCGUCUUUGCGUCGAUUGGGUGGACGACAAAUCACUUUGCCAGUAUUGGCUUCCCUAAUCGAUCCGACAUUUCCAGCGCGCUCGGUGCACUUGCUGUCGGCUUACUGGGCAAUGUCUACGGCAAACUCUUCCAAGGAACCGCCUUUAUUGUCACCAUCGUGCCAGUUUUAUUCCAACUGCCCAGUGGACUCAGUAACGGUGGACUGCUCAUCUUCGCUUCCACUACGGAUUCGACGACCUCGUUCAGUUCGGGCUUUGCAGUCGGAGAGCAGCUCGUGCAAGUCUCCAUCGGCUUGACAUUCGGCCUCUUCGUCGCCCUCGUACUGGUCUAUCCUUUCGGUAAGCGAAGGGGCGGCCUAUUCACUUUCUGAACACAUUGCAACGUUAGCAUUUCGCAUCCUCAUUCGCAUCUGCAUUUAGACUUUGACGACGCAUGGACAUUCAUUAGACCAUUUGUACCUGCACA